AUGCCGCAUCAGUUCGGCGCGGGCGGCAUGGCGCAGGGCCCGCCCUCGCCGCCGCCGCAGCACGGCGCGCUGUUCCCGCGCUACGCGAGCGCGGCCGGGCCCGGCGCCGGCGCCUACCGCCCCGAGGAGCGCCGCCUCACGAGGGAAGCGAUGGAGCGGUACCUGCGCGACCGCUCCGACAUGAUCGUGGUGAUCCUGCACGCGAAGGUGGCGCAGAAGUCGUACGGGAACGAGAAGCGGUUCUUCUGCCCGCCGCCGUGCAUCUACCUGUUCGGGGACGGCUGGCGGCUGCGGCGCGAGCGCAUGCUGCGCGAGGGAGAGACGGAGCAGGCGGCGCAACUGUGCGCCUUCAUCGGCAUCGGCAACUCCGACCAGGACAUGCAACAGCUCGACCUCAACAACGGCAAACAGUACUGCGCUGCCAAAACUUUGUACAUAUCAGACUCUGAUAAGCGAAAGCAUUUCAUGUUAUCCGUUAAAAUGUUCUAUGGGAACGGGCAUGAUAUUGGUAUUUUUAAUAGUAAAAGAAUAAAAGUUAUAUCGAAGCCCUCAAAGAAGAAGCAGUCCCUGAAGAAUGCUGAUUUGUGCAUCGCUAGUGGUACAAAAGUAGCUCUAUUUAAUCGGCUGAGGUCCCAGACUGUGUCUACUAGAUACUUACAUGUAGAAAAUGGCAAUUUUCAUGCAUCGUCAACACAGUGGGGUGCAUUUACGAUACAUCUCUUGGAUGACAAUGAGAGUGAGUCUGAGGAGUUUGCUGUGAGAGAUGGAUACGUUCAUUAUGGAUCUACUGUGAAGCUAGUCUGUUCUGUUACUGGAAUGGCACUCCCGAGACUGAUAAUUAGAAAGGUGGACAAACAAAUGGCACUAUUGGAAGCCGACGAUCCUGUUUCCCAGCUGCAUAAAUGUGCGUUCUACAUGAAAGACACAGAGCGCAUGUACCUCUGCCUGUCUCAAGAACGGAUCAUCCAGUUCCAAGCAACUCCUUGCCCCAAAGAGCCUAACAAAGAAAUGAUCAACGAUGGAGCAUGUUGGACUAUCAUUUCGACUGAUAAAGCGGAGUAUCAGUUCUAUGAAGGAAUGGGACCUGUAAGGUCGCCAGUGACGCCAGUGCCUCUAGUCCACUCGUUGAAUCUCAACGGCGGCGGCGACGUGGCCAUGUUAGAGCUCGCGGGGGAUAACUUCACGCCGUCUCUCCAAGUGUGGUUUGGGGAUGUGGAGGCCGAGACUAUGUACCGGUGCGCCGAGUCUAUGCUGUGUGUUGUCCCGGAUAUAUCGCAGUUUAGAGGACAGUGGCUGUGGGUGCGGCAGCCUACUCAGGUGCCGGUAUCCCUGGUGCGGAACGACGGCAUAAUAUACGCGACAGGGCUGACGUUUACUUACACCCCGGAGCCCGGGCCGCGGCCCGUGUGCGCGCCCGUGGAUGACGUCAUGCGGCCCGAGCAAGCCGGCCCGUGGCAUCACGACGCGCACCGCCUGCCCGACAGCACCAUGCAGUAACCAAUCGACUGCAGGCUCCACGACAGUCUGCAGUCAAUGGAACACGCCCCAAAGAGUGACGCCCAAUCACCAAAUGACUCCCAGAGUGGUGCACUUUGGUGAGUGACUUGAAGACAUUUUUGUAAUUAGUUCGAUAGUGCCUAAAGUUUGGUCGGCAUAGCAUUGUUUCGGUCCACUGUGAAUCAUUUUGUUGACUAAAACUAAUCUGUAAAACAAUAAAUAUGAAUAAGGUCAAGUCGCUGUUUGCAGCGUCAAUCGAUGGAAUACCUCCGAUGGCGUUUAUAAUAACUUUCAAGGAAAAGUAGAAAGAAAUAAUUGUAUGACAGGGAAAGUGCUGUGAAGGCCAAACUGAUAGAUAGCUUUAUACUAAGGUGCCGCGUGAGAAUCAGCUGCCACCGACAGCUACCGGUCGCAUGGCGAUUCUGUGGCGCCACGACAGUUGUGCCUAAAACGAAUACUAUAUGUAAUCAUUGAAAUUAUGACACCAAAAUGAAAUAUGACAGCAAUAAAUGUAUUAAGAAGUGAUUUGAUGCCUAUUUAUGUGUAUACGAAAACAUUAAGAUACAGUAUUUUAAACUCUAAUUUAAAGUAAUCCUGAAAUAAUUCAGAAACGAUGUCGCUUUAAGUUAGUUCGCAUUUAUUUUAUGUGUGCACGCGAGAUCGGAACAUGUAACAGGGAAUAAAAUCGCCGAAGAUAUUGUGUGCCUUCAAAGAUUUUGUUUACAAUGAAAUCAGCAGCGCUAGCGUAGUUUUUAGGAUUAUGUACCGGUAUCAAACCAAUUAUUUCAUAAUUUUAAUCAAAUGUAUCAUGGAAGGAGAUCUCUCUGUUCUUAGAUUUGUUUCUUCGGGGCCAAAUAGCUGUAAUCCAUGACAAGUCAGUGUUUAUAGUUUUUAUGAUAAGUGAACAAUAUUGGGUUGAGGACAAAGAGAGUCGUACGGCUUGAUUUUAUCUCUUUGUGAUUAUUUGUACAUUAUUGGAGAUAGACAUUAGUUAAGUAUCCUAUUGUCAACGAUAAGACUAAGCCAAAUAAGUACUAAUUGUGCUUUCUCAAAAGUUGAUUGCUUCUCGUGAUUCGCGUUGUAUUAGUCAUUUGCUUUGAGCCGGCCCGCCGCCCGGGCCCCUUGUGGGCCUACAGGACACUUGCCCGGGCGCGGUCUCUACCAGCUAUCGAUGCAGGGAGGUAGCGAUGUCACUGUACGUAUGUAAAUUUACUGAGAUUCGAACAAGUUAGGUAGGGCCUAGAUUAGUCCAUAGUACAUUAAAAUAUUGUUUAAAUCAUUCAAAUGAAUUUCUAUUUAUUUUUUGCGAAUCUAAUUUUAAUGAUAAAUUUAUAAUUUUAAAAGCGGUUUUGAUGUGUAUUUUAAUAGUGUGAUUUCGAACAUUCCAUGUGGAAAGUGUAAUGAGAAGUACAAAAAAAUAUCAAUAUUUUUGUAGAGAAACAUUAAAUUACAAUAUAAAUCUUAUGGAAUUGGUAUAGUUACAGUAUUACAAGGAAAUUAGUAUUAAAUAUUGUACUGGAUAAGCACUAUCACGUCGUCAAUUUGUAUAAAUGAUAAGUGGAUUUUCAUUUUAAAGCUGUUUACUCUUAAAUUUGUAUCGUUGUACAAUUGUACAUGGUAUUUGUAUGUAGAACGGGUCAUACGAUGCGUCAGCUCGUCGGACUUAACAUUAUUAUCGAUAUUUUGAACAGUGAUUUUGAAACAUGAAUAUUUUUUAAUAAAAC